AUGAGCGUUCUUGGCCCUGACCAAAGUAUUAUUUCUUCUCACAUCUCUUCACGAAGAAAUUCAUUACGGCCUCUUGACGAAAAUAUUUCAGAUAAUGAAGAUAUCGUUGGACAAAUGCAGCAAGGCGCUUCCAAUAUCCUUGUCGCAGUCAGAUGUAGGCCACUUACCAAAAAAGAACGAGAAAUCGAUAGCACAAAUUUGAUUCAAAUAAUUGAAGAAAGAGUAGUCAUACUAAUGGACCCACAAUUCAAAUACGGUGACAAAGGCAGCCGAGCAAAAGAAAAACAAUAUGCGUUUGAUUUUGCAUUUGAUGAAAAUUCAUUGCAAAAAGAAAUUUUUGACAAAACCACCAAGUUCUUAAUCGAUGGGAUCCUUAAUGGUUUCAAUGCAACAGUUUUUGCAUAUGGAGCCACAGGUGCAGGAAAAACCUAUACAAUGCUUGGUGAAGCUGACAGCCCUGGAAUGAUGUUGAUGACUUUUGUUGAACUUUUCACAAAGGUGGAAGAAUUGACGCUAGAAAGAGCUUAUAAGGUAAAACUGAGCUAUUUGGAAAUUUAUAAUGAAGUCGUCAAAGAUUUGAUACAUCCCACAAGCAGUGUACUAGAUAUUCGAGAAGACCCAGUCAAGGGAAUUGUGGUAGCUGGACUUGCUGAAAUGAUUGCGACCACUCCAGAUGAGGUUAUCGAAUGCAUUCAGUUAGGAAAUAUGAGGAGAACUUGUGAACCGACUGAGGCAAAUCAGACUUCCAGCAGAUCUCAUGCAGUGCUACAAAUCACUGUGGAGUAUAAAGAUAAAGCUGCUGGGACUCAAUCUGAAAUUAUUGUUGGUAAACUGUCACUUAUUGACUUAGCUGGAUCUGAAAGAGCUUCUCAUACAAAAAACAGAGGAAUUCGGCUUAUUGAGGGUGCAAAUAUCAAUAAAUCUUUGCUAGCUUUAGGUAAUUGCAUAAAUGCAUUAUGUGAAGCUACAGAAAGAGGUGGAAAAGUUUAUAUCCCAUAUAGGGAUUCAAAAUUGACUCGUUUGCUCAAAGACUCCUUAGGCGGAAACUGCAGGACUGUUAUGAUUGCUUGCAUUUCUCCAUACUCAGGAAGUUUUUUUGACACAUCCAACACUCUCAAAUAUGCAAAUCGUGCAAAAAAUAUUAAAACCAAUCUACACAGAAACGUUGUAAACGUGUCAUACCACAUCGCAAAAUAUACAGCCAUUAUUGCACAGCUCAGACAAGAAGUUUCUGAAUUAAGGAAACAAUUAAAAUCUAGAACCCCUAACCCUACGGUAUUUAAUAAUGAAAAAUUCCAAAUUGAGCUUAAUACACAUUUCCAAGAGGAAGCAAAAAUAAGGAAAAAAAUAUAUGAAUGCCAACAGACAAAAGAAGAAUUAGGAUUUAUGCUUUUUGAGAAGCAGGCAGAAAUGAAUCAAGCCAAAUCGAAAAAUGGAGAAGAAAAUGCUGGCUUUAAAGCACUGAAUAGAGAGGUAGAAAGACUAAAAAAAGCAAUUGAGGAGCAAAACCAAAUAAAUGGAAAUUAUGAAGAAAUGCUUAAAGGGCUUGAACAUAAAAGAGAUGAUAUCAAGCAAGAAUGAAUAAGAAAAGGAGUCCCUGAGCCUUAUUUAUCAAGCUUACAGCUUAUGAUGCAGCAGCAGAUCUUAGCUAUGAAUUCUAUUGAUGCACAAAGAGAUAAAAACCAUGAGCAAGUAAUUUUAAAACAAAAAGACCUAUAUAUAGAACUGCUAAAGAGCCAGCUAAGAUUGAGAGACAAUGUGAUCGAAAUCCAAAACGAAGUUUUCAAAGAAUCAAAAGUAGAAGUCAAGCCUGGCCUUAAAAAGAUUUACAGUCAAAUUCAAAGCUUAGAAGAAAUAAACUCUUCAUCAAUUGUAUCAUUUCCAGAACUUCAUGGAAAUUCUCGUUCAACAAACCACAGAUCUAAAGCAAAAACCUAUAAAACUGACCAUUUUUUGCCACCUAUAAUCCAUAUCCCUGCAAAUAAAACUCCGGCCUCUGUAACUCCGUCAAGAAUCCCCAGGAUAAACUCAAAACGGUAUUUAUCAACUGAACAGAAAUCAGAGCCUCCAAAAUCUUCAAAUGUAAAUUUAUUACACCCUAAGGCUAAAAGGCUUAUUCAAAAUGAUGCAAAAUUUAAAGAAAGGUCUCGGACAAACUCAGGGUAUUUUGAUGAGUCUGAUUCUGAAAAAUCGACAGCCAAGCAGAUGCCAUCAAUGGUAAAAGUCUCAGAUCGUAGCCAAAAAGGCCAUUAUGCUGGACAAAAAGUAAAAGAUGAAAAGCAUUUGGUCAAGAAGAGAAUCAAGCCAACUGAAAUUAAGUACGGAAUCAGCAUUAGAGGGAUCGAAACAUUUGUGUAA